GAAAAAACUCUUCUCCGCACCAUAGCUGAUAUUGGGGAUCGACAGUGAAUCAACAUUCGAAGGAUCGUCUGUAGACAACAGCUCACGAAUAACCAGAGAUGUCAGAGCGACUUUCCACAUCGAGUUCAAAGGAAGUCGGAAUCAUCGUGAUGGGGCUUACGGGUGCUGGGAAAAGCGCGUACAUCUCUCGACUUACGGAACAAAAUGUCGAAAUUGGGCACAUUUUGCGAUCAUGCACGACUAGGGUCAAUGGCUAUCCAUAUUGCCAGCCCAAUGGUCAGAGGAUCUGGCUUAUUGAUACACCAGGUUUCGACGAUACAAACAAGGCUAACGCGACUAUUCUUCGCGAGAUCGUUUCAUUCCUUUGUGCGUUCUGUCACGAAGGAAAUCUAAUAAUUGGUGGACUGCUUUACAUUCACAGAAUCACAGACAUACGGAUGGCUGGAUCUUCUCUGACCAGUCUGCGAAUUCUUGAGGCAUUGUGCGGAGAGGCCUGUUUUGGAGAUAUCACUGUUAUUACAACAAUGUGGGAUACGCUUCAGACUCAAGCUGCGAGGGACUUGGCCCAAGGUCGUGAGUUGGCCCUUCAAAAGAAAGUGAAUUUCUUUGGUCGCCUCAAAAGUAAGGGCGCCGAAUUUAAGAGAUCCUCAAAAGACGGGAGAUGCGGCACUGCUAUCAUCGAGGCGAUAGCAGGUCGGAAGAAACCAGUCACAUUUGCAGUACAGACGGAGAUGAUGUCAAAUGCAAACAUCAAACUCGCCAAUACAACAGUCGGUACGUACCUUAAUGGUAACCUCAAGCUGACUCGUCAAAAUUUGGAAAAAAGAUUGAAUCAAGUUGAGGCCUAUAGCAGAGGAGACCCGGAAGGCAAUGAGGACCUGAUUGCAGAUAUCAGAGAACAGCUGCAUCUUCUGAAUGAGACUGCAGGUGAUCAAGAGUGUUUGAAUGUCACAUACGAGGAGCUGAGAAGAGAACGCAGGAUUGAGCUUGGGGCAAAUAUGGCGCAAGAUGUUGAGCGCGAAAAUGAUACUGUAAAGACCACUACAGAAAUCAAGCUGGAACACGAGAUCAAACGAUUGAGGCAGGACAAUAGAGGGUUACAACAAGGUCAAAAACAGUUGAACAAAGCGAGGGAAAGGGAGCUUGCGCAGCAACACACACAGAUACAGAGCCUUGAAGAUGCACUCGCAUAUGAAAAAGCUCAGAAAGACAACAAGUCCAAAUUCCCUGGGUUUUUUGAUUUCAUCCUCGGCCGUACUGCUAAGGUCUCUACAACAAGGAAUGAGAUUACCUCAUCUAUCCACGAAGGAACUAGGGAGUCCAGGCAGCACGAAUCUCGACGAAGUCGUUCAAGAAAACCUAGGCAACAAGAUCAAAGAUCCUCUGAUGCAGCGGUCAGGACUUUAGUACCGCACAGUGUGUUCAAUCACGCAAGACCAGCAGACCCUGGGAUAUCACAGACUUCAAUGAGCGAUGGUCCACCGGAAUACGAACACUCCAUAGCCACAACAGCCAGGUCGACCUCUCCCGAAAAUCUCAAUCGUAACGGAGGUUAUCCUGCAAAUGUCAUCAUUGACCCGAGUGGCAUCAAACGGAAUUACUCAAUGCCUUUAUCGUUUGCCAUUCCUCGCACGAUACCAAUCUAUGAGAAUGAAUAGAACAAUUCGCUGUUUGAAGUGUAUUCGCACCGCUAAUAAUGACCUGCGAUUCGAUUUUUGUGCCCUAGGCAGUUCGCAUCGACGUAGAGACACGUCAAAGAAUGAAGUAAGACACAUACAUACACCAACUAAUGUUCUCGUACCAACCAAAUUGAAUAUUUUACAUUUAGAAGCGGUUCAUCUGAGUGGCUCUGUAAAUGAUUCACUGGAUUUUAGAUGAAAAUUUGAGGCGGCUGAGCAGGGCAGUACCCUCGUACUUCCGGUGAGUGCUCUGCCUCAUCGAUGCCGCGUGGACAAGUAAAAGGUUGGAUAUGCGCACAAACUAUUGCUCUAUGCAGUGUGCGCUGGACCAAUCGCCAGAUCAAGGCGCAUGCAGGCUUAUGCACAUCGUAAUGGGGGCUGAGUGAUAGUGGAGAGACCUUACAUAGCUUUCUUCAUGCAUUCAAAAGAAUAUAUAAUAUGCGUCA